AUGUCUACAUUUACUUCUGUUGUACUUGGUAAUAGUAUACAAGAGCUUUCGAUCAGUUGUUUUGAGAAUGACGUGAAGUUAAAAGAAAUCGACAUUUCUCAUAUCAAAACCAUUGGCGAAAAGUGUUUCUAUUGUUGUGUGGAGUUGUCUGCUAUUACAUUAGGUGAAGUGUUGUCUGUUGGUUUAAGUUCUUUUUACGACGCGUUUAGCAUCAAAUACGUGAAGAAUUUAGGGACUAAAAAUUUGAACACGUUGAUCAAUUUAUCUUCUUCACAAGCUUUUAAUUCAAUUCAUCACAAAUUAUUGAUCACUCAAAACGAUAUAAAUCUUCUUAAUAAUUCGCAGCAAAUCAACGCGUUUUAA